CCGAGGCAACGAAAGGGGCUGCCCCGGGAGCCGACUUCACCUUCAGGCCGCAGCAUGAACGGCAGCGUGGCGGGCGGCGGCUUUUCGGAGGAGGUCAUCAGCCUCACCCGCAGACCCUCAGGGCUGGGCUUCAACAUUGUUGGUGGGACAGAUCAACAGUAUGUUUCCAAUGACAGCAGCAUCUAUGUCAGCCGGAUCAAAAAGGAUGGGGCAGCUUACCUUGACGGCCGAUUACAAGAAGGAGAUAAAAUCUUAGCGGUCAAUGGCAGAGACUUGAAGGAUUUGCGGCACAAGGAUGCUGUGGAACUGUUCAGGAAUGCAGGCUAUCACGUGUCUCUGAAAAUUCAGCGCAGGUUGCAGCCACAAAAUGGCCCUGUGGGUCAUCAAGGCGAUGGAGACUCAGGUGGGCUUCCUCUAGCAGCCAUUCUUGUGCCAGGCCUGGCGCUUGCUGUGACAGCAGUCUGGAUCUUGCUGAGGUAUCGACAGCGGAUGUGAAGAGUUCACGUUUUGGAUAUCACUGCAUAUUUUACACAGCUAUGAUGUAAUUUAAAGAUAGAGAAUCAACGAUCUUAUCACAGACUGAUGUCAAAAAGGAUCAUUGCCUAUCAUAAAGCUGCUGCUGAUGUUCUUUAUAUACUGAAUUUGUUGCAGGGUGGAUGGAAGCAGAGAGGAAAAGAGGAAGGGAGAUGACUGUGUUCAUGUAUAGAGUGGGAUAGCUGUGUUUUUGGCUAGUCUGGGGAGGUUUUGCCAUCCCCUCUAUUUUGCACCAUGAACUUUCAAACACGCUCAUCUAUUCCAUGUUUUAAGAUGUGACUUUUGGUUAAGGGGGGUGGGGGUUGGUUGGGGUAGUUUUAAAUCAAAAACUUUUACUAGAGGUUUUGCCUUGUUUCCACUGAAUUUUUCUUUAAACAAAUGAUCCCUGUCUGAACCAUGAAUAAAGAGAAGCCAUGUUGAGGGUA